UGUUCGCCAUGAAGAACAUUGGUAUCGCUUUCGCCCUGCUGCCGCUUUUGCUUCAGCUCCUCCUGACGGGGAGUGGCCGAGGUCACCUGCUGUCCGGCCAACCGGACAUUGACCUGACCAUCCAGGCGCAGGAGCAGCUGAUCUCGCAGCACAACGAUAGCGCCUAUGUGCAGCGUCUGAUGCGCCUGGCCAAGUCCGCCGAGAUGCGUAGCUACAUGCAGCCGGAGCUGGAAGCCUGCGACAAUUUCUAUGACUACAGCUGCGGUCAUUGGCCGCAGAUAAACCCGGCCAAUGGGGUCCAUCCCCGCGAGACCAACUACGAGCAACUGCUGGUCAAGGCCUAUCAUCAUAAGCAACAGCGCCUGCUGGAACGGCCGGCGAACGGGGAGGUGGACGAGUUGGCGGUGCUCCGGCUGAAGCAGUUCUAUGCCAGUUGCCUGCUCUUCCGGCAAAUGCCGGAGGACGUCUACCGCAGGCAGCUGCAGGAGAUCGUUGCGGAGUUCGUGUAUGUGCCUGAUUUGAGUCAGCCCGGCCAGGAGUGGCCCACCGAGGACUUUGAUUGGCUGGACACUGUGGCUCGGAUCAAGCGGAAGUAUGGCUUCAAUAUCCUACUCCUUCUUCAGUUGUCCGCGGAUCGUAUUUACGUGGGUCAGCCCAAUAAGAUACAAGCGCUGCCGGAUCGUCAAGCUCGUGCUAAUGUCAUACGGGAUCACUUGGAGAGCCACUUAGGCGUGGAGGAAAAACUGGCCAAGACGUGGGCUCGGGAAAUCGCUGAUUUGGAGCAACAGAUAUCCAGAGGCAUGGUGGAACGUCGCGUUGGCAUUUUGUCCCAGUUGCGCAAACCCGAGGAGUUGGAUGCACCGAACACGGAAGCCUUCAACGUCACGCAGUAUGUUGAAAUAGUUAUCGACCGCGAAUUGGAUCCCAACGAGACGCUCUACGAGCAUGUGCCCAGUUACCUAAGCCAUCUUGCCAAAGUUGUGACGGAUGCAUCGCCUCAGGUGCUCGGCAGGUACAUCUUCCAUGAGCUGCUGCAGCACUUCUUCUACGAGCGAACGGGAAACAUAGUGGAGCAGUGCGUUAGCAGGGUAAGGGAUUUGUUCCCAGAGCUCCUCGACAACAUGGUCUACAAGCAGUACGGAGAUGCAGCUAUCCUCAGCGACAUAGAGGGUAUUUGGCAGCAGAUCAAGCACAGCUUUCGAGGGGUUCUGGAGAACUCCUCGGCCGACUGGCUGGUCGUGGAGACUCGUGAGCAACUGCUGGAGCAUCUGAAUGCCACCAGCCUAGUGGUCAAUGGACACGCCGAUGUAAACUUCACCCAAAGAUAUGAAAGUCUGGAGCUGAAAGAUCGGGAAUACCUGCAAAACCUCAAGGCCGUUUUUAGCCGUGAAACUCUCACAGCCAAGAUUAUACCCAGCACUUCGCUUGUCUACAAUCCCUUGGAAAAUACAGUCCUGCUGCCGGUGGCAUUGCUCCAGCCCAACAUCAUGUGGUCCCGCUACUAUCCGAGAGCCCUACGCUUUGGCAGCCUUGGCACGCUGCUUGCCCACGAGCUGGCCCACAGCCUGGAAGAUGCCUCCAAGUGGGAUGCAAAAUCCUUUGCAGAAUAUGCCAAGCGGAAGGCAUGCUUCAAGGAGCAAUAUGGACGCCUGCGCCUCAAUGGAAGGUAUUUGCCCGAGAGCAGCUUACAGGCGGAGAACAUAGCGGACAAUCUGGCUAUCCAGGUGGCCUAUCACGCCUAUAGGCGGUACUUGUCGGAGCUAGCCACCUCUGCCCUGGGAACGGAGUCGCUGCCCCAGCUCAAGCUAAGCCCACGCCAGUUGUUCUUCCUCAGCUACGCCCAGCUGUGGUGCAACGAUGCCAAUGAGGAAUUUCGGGACAAGCAAUCCCUGCUGAAGAUCCGCACACCCAAUGCCCUGCGGGUGAUGGGCGCACUCUCCAACUUCGAGACCUUUGGACGAGAUUUUUCCUGCAGCAGCGAGAGCCGGAUGACCACGCCGCAAAAGUGUCAGCUUUUUGCUGCAAGUUUGGAUUAGUUACCAG